AUGAACGAUCCGUCAACAAAAUACGCUAAUGCCACUCAGGAACCGUUGACCUACUUCAAUUACCACGAGUAUCUCACAGACAAAUACACCCCAGCACAUAAUCCCACAAAGACCAAACACAGACUAGAUGAUGCGAGCUCGAUAUCUUCCCACCUGUCCAAGCAGAAAGUUUCGCUUGUCAUAAACCAUUUCCCAAACCCUUACACUACCAAAGGCUCUGCGCUCUACCACACAACACGAAUUGUGCGGAUCCCAAGAAUCUUCGAUACAGUGGAACAUCUGUACAUGGUCCCCCAAUUUUCUACGUGGGCGCCAGGCGCAGAGCCUGCUGCUAUCCAUUAUGGGAAGGAGAACGGAUUUGUGAGCUUGGCUUCGUAUGAUGGGACUGUUUUCGGCCCCACUUCCGUCACACCUCUUGUCCCUGGAUAUUUGAGUGCCAAUGAGCUUCGAGAGAUUGUCGACCGGCUCAAUGAGUUUCUAUUGCAAGCCAUGAGCCCUAACAAAACCACUACAUUUGAGAACAUUGUGGAGUUUUUCACUGGCACGCUUUACUCGAGAAUUUUUGCCGGGAAGGCUGGUGCUACGCAUUUGAAAGAAGGCAUUGCCCGCAUGGAAGAAUACGUGGAGCAGCUCAACAGAAACUUUCUUUCGAAACGGCAUGAGCUUCUUCGUUUGAUCUCGCCUGUCGACAGCGCUUUCCUUUCUUUGGACUUUCAGAUUCCAAAACCGCCCGCCACGACUGAAUAUGAAAUUCGCCAAGACGAUACAUCUCAAGAGGAUCUGCCCAAAGUCUGA